CGGUAGUUGACGUUUUUGCCUCAGUGCAUAAUCGAGUUCUGGCGGAUGACUCGCCGUUUCGAGCAAUAGCGAAGCGUUGAAGGAAAAUGGGUCAAAAUCAGUCUGGUAGUGGAGGUACUGGAGACAAAAAGGAUGAUAAAGAUAAGAAGAAGAAAUAUGAACCACCCAUUCCUACUCGAGUAGGUAAAAAGAAAAGACGUACUAAAGGGCCUGAUGCAGCCUUAAAGUUACCUCAAGUAACACCCCAUACACGAUGCAGAUUGAAGCUCUUAAAAUUAGAGCGUAUAAAAGAUUAUUUGUUGAUGGAAGAAGAAUUUAUUAGAAAUCAGGAACGUUUAAAACCACAAGAAGAAAAGAAUGAGGAGGAAAGAUCAAAAGUAGAUGAUCUUCGUGGGACACCAAUGUCAGUUGGAACAUUGGAAGAAAUAAUUGAUGACAAUCACGCAAUAGUGUCCACGUCAGUCGGAUCUGAGCACUAUGUAUCUAUCUUGUCAUUUGUGGAUAAAGAUCAAUUGGAACCUGGAUGUUCUGUAUUGUUGAAUCAUAAAGUACAUGCUGUUGUUGGAGUUUUAGGGGAUGAUACAGAUCCCAUGGUUACAGUGAUGAAACUUGAAAAGGCUCCUCAAGAAACUUAUACUGAUAUUGGAGGUCUUGAUACUCAAAUUCAGGAGAUUAAGGAAUCUGUAGAAUUACCAUUAACUCAUCCAGAAUAUUACGAAGAAAUGGGUAUCAAACCUCCAAAAGGUGUGAUACUUUAUGGUCCACCUGGAACAGGAAAGACACUGCUCGCCAAGGCUGUAGCUAAUCAAACUUCAGCUACAUUCUUGAGAGUUGUUGGCUCAGAACUUAUACAGAAAUAUUUAGGUGAUGGUCCAAAACUUGUAAGAGAGCUCUUUAGAGUUGCAGAGGAACAUGCCCCCUCCAUUGUAUUUAUAGAUGAGAUAGAUGCUGUAGGAACAAAAAGAUAUGAUAGUAACAGUGGUGGUGAAAGAGAGAUUCAAAGAACCAUGUUGGAAUUGCUUAAUCAGCUUGAUGGUUUUGAUAGCAGAGGUGAUGUGAAAGUAGUUAUGGCUACAAACAGAAUAGAAACUUUGGAUCCUGCUUUAAUCAGACCUGGGCGUAUCGAUAGAAAAAUAGAAUUCCCAUUACCAGAUGAAAAAACUAAAAGAAGAAUCUUCAAUAUUCAUACAAGUCGAAUGACUCUGGCACCUGAUGUAAAUCUUGCAGAAUUGAUUAUGGCUAAGGAUGACCUUUCUGGUGCAGAUAUCAAGGCAAUAUGUACUGAAGCUGGUUUAAUGGCUUUGCGUGAACGACGUAUGAAAGUUACCAGUGAUGACUUCAAGAAAUCUAAAGAAAGUGUUCUUUAUCGAAAGAAGGAAGGUUCUCCUGAAGGAUUAUAUUUAUAAAAAACAAUUCAUUAUACUGGUUUCUAUAUAAUUAAACCAGGAUUAUUUACACCACAAUAAAAAUUUCUAUAGUUGUAUUAA